AGAUCCAAAAAUGACAGCAACUAAAAAGAAAAAUGUCAAGACCUCAUCAACUACUGAACUAAAUCCAAGAACGACACGUUAUGAAUUUCUGGGACCUAUAGGCGCGUUUUUAUUUGUCACGGUAUUGCCUUUGCUCGUUCUUUUUUUGGCCAUCUGCUGUAAUAAGACAGGUUAUCCAUCCAGCUUUCUUAUUGAUGAUUACAGGGCCUACUUUUCCCAGCUAUUCAAUCGUGAUUACUUAAAGACUUUGUACGAUCCUAUGGCUAUGAUGGUCUAUCUUGCCUUCGUUUUACUUCAAGCUCUACUUUAUAUUGCCCUUCCUGCUGAUUUGUAUCCUGGUACUGAAUUAAGAAACGGUCAACGUCUCAAAUAUCGUUUGAAUGGAUUCACUGCCUAUCAUGCCACUUUGUUUCUCGGACUUUACUUUUUGAAGGACACGGGUCUCAAACCAUUACUUUUCGUGUAUGAUCAUUUUGUCGGUUUAGCUGUCUCGUCUAUUCUUUUCAGUUAUAUUGUGGCUUUAUAUGUUUACAUUGGAAGUUUUACUCCUGGCACCCUAUUAGCCCUUGGUGGUAACACUGGCAAUGCUCUAUAUGAUUAUAUGAUUGGUCGAGAAUUGAACCCUCGUAUUGGUGAUUUUGACAUUAAAUUCUUUACUGAAUUGCGUCCGGGUAUGAUUGGUUGGCAAGUCAUCAAUCUUUGCUUUGCAGCUAAACAAUAUUUGGAUCUUGGAUAUAUCACCAAUUCUAUGAUUCUUGUUCAAGCUUUCCAAGCAUGGUAUAUUGUAGACUCAGUCUGGAAUGAAGAAGCCGUUUUGACUACUAUGGAUAUAACAACAGAUGGUUUUGGUUUCAUGCUUGCAUUUGGUCUUUACACCUGGGUACCAAUGAAUUAUACUCUUCAAGCACGUUACUUGGUUGACAACCCUCGUGAUCUCAGUUGGAUGGAAAUGGGUAUUAUUGUUGGUCUCAACUUUCUAGGUUACUUUAUUUUCCGCAGUGCUAACAGUCAAAAGAAUGAAUUCAGAAGUAAUCCUAAUAGUCCUGCUGUCAAAGAUCUCAAGUAUAUCACAACAAGCAAAGGGUCCAAACUAAUCAUCAGUAGUUGGUGGGGAUUAGCACGUCAUAUCAAUUAUUUGGGUGAUUGGUUGAUGGCUUUAUCAUGGUGUCUUCCUUGUGGUUUUGGUUCCAUCGUUCCUUAUUUUUAUCCAAUUUAUUUUGCCAUCCUUUUACUCCAUCGUGAACGUCGUGAUGAUCAUAAAUGUCGUACCAAGUAUGGAAAAGAUUGGGAAAAGUACUGCUCUAUUGUGAAAUAUAGAAUUAUCCCAGGCAUUUACUGAAAAAAUUGUCUAAUCGUUGCUUUAGUAGUCAUUUUAUAUUAGUAUAUACCAUUACUUUUAGUCACCUUUAAUAAAACUAUUAUGAUUUUACAAUCGUUC